AACAAACAUAUUUUUAAAGUUUUUAGUAGAUGCACACUAAUAAUUAUAAAUAGUUAAUUAAAGUAUCUUUUGAAACCAAAACAUUAUUGUAAAAUAAUAGGAUAUAAUAUUAAUUAAUUAAACUCUUGUCUGCAAUUUCAAAAAUGUAUUAUAAUAAUUCAGGUAAUAGCAAUUAGCAAGGAAGUUAGAGUGGGUUGAAUUCAAAUAGAGAGAAUAGUAACAAUUUGAAUAAUUCAAACUAAAGUUAAAACAUUUCUAGUAAUUAAUCAAUAAACAAUCUUGGUUUAGGAAAUAGUUUGUAGAAUUAAUAGAUUUUAAUAAAUUCUAGCAAUAAUGGUAUUCAAAAUUAGUAAGGAAAUAACAGUGGUUCCUCAAAUAAUUUAUCAAACUAAAAUAAUGGUUCAAAUAAUAAUUCAAGUAGCAAUAAUAUCAACAGUAAAAGUAAAAAAAAUAAAAAGAAGGAUGAAGUUACACUAGCAUUUGAUAUUGCUUUAGGUAAUAAUAAUAGAUUAGAAUUUUCUCACCAAAAGCAGUUUAAAAGAGAUAUUUACAAACUUAUUGAUUAAGAGUCUUUUAUGGGUAAGUAAAAUGAAAGAGAUAUUAGCUAUUUCUUCACAUUACUCAAUAAAACCAUUAAAACAAAUAAAAUUCAUUAUGACAUUCUUCUUGAAAUAUUAAUAAAAUCGCUGACAUAGCUGACUAUGCAUGAUACAAUCAAUAAUAAAGAAAUAGAAGGCUAGUUUUAUUCAUGCUUCUAUGAUCUAAACAACUCUAAUUGUUUCGUAGAUAAAAAAGUUAAAGGAAAAAUUUUUUAUGAUUAAACACAUGAGAGUAUUUAUGAUUAAUUUUUUGAAGUACUUCAGCCUUAAAAUGAGAAAAAUUGCUUGAAGCAUCUCAUAUUCUUUAGGAAAUUAUGCAGAGGAUAAUAAGAUAUUGAAGAUGAUGGAUUAAAUAUUAUUUACUUGGCUAAGAAAAUUUCAGAGAAACAAGCUUUUACUGCAAAUUGCUUAGAUAUAUAAGUGAUUCUUUUUAUUUCUAAAUUGUGGUGGAUGAUUACAUCUAGCUAUUCUACUGUUGAAGAAAAAGGAAAAAGCUUAAAAUCUGAAUAUGAAACUUUAAAGCAAUUAAUGGGUUAAUAUAAAAAGUAGCUUCCAAUAGUACUUGAAAAAAUGUACUCAUAUUUGCUUAGUGAGUUGAAAAACCCACACAAAAAAGAAAUUGUAUUCUAAGGAAUGAUUCUUUUCAUUUUGUAUAUGCUGUGCAAGUUUAAGAACAUCUUAAAUUCAUAAAUGGAAAAUCCUACAUUCUUAAAUCUCCUUAAUACAUUUCUGAGUAAAGAAAAUGCUUAGUUUAUAUUUCCAUCAUUAGGCUAAUUCUAAGUGUAUUUUAAUUCAGAAAAUAUGAUGCUAAAAAAUUAUAAGAAGUGUAUUGCAGAAAAAACAUCUUUGCUAGAUGCUUUGGAAUAAAUAGUUCAAAAUCUUAUUUCUAACAGCCUUGUAAAUAAUAAUGAAAUAUUCUUUAAAAUACUUGAAUUUCUAGAAAUAAAAAGCCAAGAGAAUGAUGCUGUCCAGCAGUUUUAUACAAAUAUUUAAAAUAAAUUUUUAUUUUAAUCUUUAAUUGAUAACUUUCCAGUCAAUUCUAUUUCUAGUUAAUCGCAAGCAGUCAAGAAGACUCAAGAAUUUUUUAAUGAAAUGAUUAGAAGAAAGAUUUCUGUAAACAGUUGCUACUCAAUUUACUAUUUACAGUAACUGAGAAAUAAAAAUGAUAUUUUUGAGUUUGUUAGAUAGAUUCUUCUUCAUCCCAAAGAAUCAUUAAGCUCGAGUAUUAUUGGCACUUUAAACAAUAUUAAAUUGCUUUCUCCUACAUUCUUAAAAAUAGCAAUUAAAGUUGCAAAAACACUAAGAAAUGAACAAGAAAUUAAUUAUUUUAUGGACAACAUUUAAAAUCUGAAUAGUUACCUCAGAUAAAUACUGGAAGAAAAUUAAUAAAAUAAAGAGCUUUUGCUUUUUAUUUAAUUCAAAGAUUUACUCAUGAUGACUUGCAAUGUAUUGAUUUAACAAUAUGAGCUUGUAAAAGAUCGAAAGCAUGAACUUUUGACUUUUAUCGUUUAAAUAUUAGAUAUACUAUAAGAAUAUUGCUUGGAGGACAUAGAUAGUUAUCAAUAUGUAAGAUCAGACAUUUAAAUAUCUUGUGAUUUUAUAAGAUUAAUAACUAAAUUUUUGUUAAAUAAUCUUCCAUUUGAUGAUUCGAUUGUUCAGUAUAUACUUAUUAUAAUAACAAGCACUUGCUUAUUUUCUUAAAAGAGAGUUAUGACUUUAUUUUUAGAAUUGCAAGAAUAAAUUGUGGGGUUUUCUAUAUAAAACAGUAAGAACAUAGAUAAAGAAAUAAUAUUAGAAUACGAUAGGAAUGAAUUUACUUAAACUUCAUUAGAUUUUUUUAGAGAGCUUAAUUUAGGUAUAGACUUAAGUAAAAAAAAUAAAAGAAGCAGACUAGAUCUUACUGAAAAAGAAUCUCUUGCACUCUUCUUAUUUAAAUUUUACUUAAAAUAAAAUCCUAAAUGCAAAUAUUUAUCAGAGCAUUCGUAAUUGAUCAAAGAAUCUAUUUAUCCUAAGCUUAAGGAUGAAGACAUCAAGAAUAAUUGCAGUCUUAGUAGAAAAAUAACUGAAGUUUAUUUAUUCGGAUUUAAAUAUGAAAGAAAUGUCUCUAAUUUUGCUAACUAUCAAAAACCGUUUUAUUCUAAUCACCCAUUCGAUGAAUUUAUUAGAGAAUAUAUCAUCGAAAAUAAAUUUUUCUACUCAAUAAUUUAUUUGACUUGUCUUAAAGCAGAUAGCAAUUCUUUUAAUGAAUUUUUUAUGAGUGUAAUGCUUAAUCUGGCAGCCAUGUUCCAUAACACUUAAUUUGAAAAGAAACCUCACUGGACUUUAAGGAAGACAAUUAAAACUCUGAUUAAAAGAGAUGUGCUUCCAUCCAAAUGUGCUUUGUUGAUAAAGUACUUUGAUUAAAUGAAAAAUUAAUCAGUAGAGCAUAUAAUUUAUCUGCUAUACGACUAUUGUGUGAAGUUUAAAACUUAUUCAAACAAGAAUAGCUCUUAAAUUCCAAGUUCAGAUAAACAAUAAUUUAAGAUGCCUUUAAAAUAAAUACUAAUGAAUGAAUUAAAAACUGUAGCAAAGUAAUAUUAGGAAAUCAUUACAAUUUUUGAUUGAAAUAGCAUUAUUUAAUUUACUUUAGCUAGCUUAAUUCGAGUUCCUAUAUUAUAUAAUCAAAAUUUAAAAAGAUUCUUUAACUAAAUUGUGUCACAAUAUAAUUUUAUUAUUUAUUUUUUUCAUUAACUAUAUUAAAAACAUCCAAUUUAGUUACACAAAGCGAACUAAAUAAAUAAAUAAAAAAAAAAAACAAAAAUGAUUUAAAAUUCUUGUAAUUUUGUAGAUUUCAUUUGGCGCAAACUCAUCAUUGUUUUCCGAUUUGCUUCCUAUAGAGAUCCUUCUGUUUUUUCUUAUUAUGAGCUGGCGAAGGAAUGUAUCAUUAAGUACAAGACCUUCAUGGCAUGUCAUAAGUUAAUAUUAUAGUUUGUAUAAACCUUAUUAACUCCGACUUGCCUUAAAAGAUUUUCUUUAUGGGUGCUUUUUUUAUUAAUUCUUUAAUUAAUUAAAUAAUAAAUUUCAUCUUUUAAAAACAAACAAUUUAAAAAUUAAAAAUAUAAUUUUUUUAAUUUAACAUAAAAAAAGA